AUGGCACUGAGCGAACUUUCUGACUUCCAGGUGGACUACACCCCGCAGGACGAUGAGGCUGAGGCCGAUGAGGCCGACGACGCUGAGAGCGACGAGGAACCAAUCUGGCUGCGGAAUGUGGGCGUUUUGGAUCCCAAAGUGGCAGAAGACGCUGAUGUCUGCGCAGCAUUUCUGGAUGGUCUCACUGGCUUUGAGACAGAUCUGGAGGCCGUCCCGCAGCACCUUCCCUGCUUGGCCAGAUAUUUGGUGGGCCAUCCGGAGGCCUUGGUCACCAAGAAAAAGAAAGGCCACAAGAAAGGCAGCGGCAAGCGCUACUUCGGCGGCGAAGAUCGCUCCGAGGAUGUCAUGGCCGACAAAGUGGUGACGGGUUGCUGGGCCUGUGGCAAGUUGGACCACGAAAGCCAAGACUGCAUUUUUAAGCGCUGUUUUGUGUGCUCUGAGCAAGGCCAUGAGGUGAGCGAGUGUCGAAAAAGGAACAUCUCCUGUAAGAGGUGUUUCCGACAGGGCCACUUCUCGGACUUGUGCCCGUUGGAUUCAUACGAAACGCACGGACCCGAGGACCUGUUCUCGGCGCGAGCCAAGCUGCAGGAACUGCAGGAGGCGAACAGCAUCAUCCAGUUCCCUCCCAGCAAGUAUGGGGGCGAGUUCUGA